AUGGCGACUGCAAGAGAUGCCGUGCAGUGUCUCAUGCUCUGUGUUGCUAUCCUGGGUGGUUUUUCGUGUAUCUCCCGGCCGGACGUUAACUUUCCGCUAUAUCUCUAUUUGUGGUGGUCAUUCUUCCACGUCCCUGAAGACCGAAAGCGACAGCAGCGGGCGAUGGUCUUUUUCAUGAUGAUGUCCUGUGUCCAAGAUGCAAUCUUCCUCCUUUUCUGGCCAUCCCGGUGGUUCGCUCACGACUGGCUGGCCCUCACAAGCGCUGAAGAGGGAGUCCACAUCCUUACCACUGUGCUUUGCAUCGUCGAGCUAGGACUCAAGGCCUUAAUUUUAGCGCUGCUACUGGUGCCUGGUAUCACUGCGAACACAAUGGAAAUAACAAAAAGAUGGAGCGGCAGCAAUGGCAUCAUUAGACUCGAAUUGCCGACCACUGAACCCCAUCAACGCGAAGCACAGCACCUCGCUGGAUCACGUGCGGAAAAAGCGAAUAACAAGGCGGGAGCGAUGCGCUUAUCUCUAACAGCCUUGGGCGAUCCCUUAGCUGCAGUUUAUGAGCACAUGCAGACCGGCCAGCCGGUAGAUGACCGAAGCUGGCGUGUCACGGGGACGCCCACCGUUGCAGCCGGCUGCCUGGGAGCCCCUGCUAACUGGUGGUAA